UUGAUGACGACGGGUUGUGACGUCCAUUACGUGCUCGGAUGUCCACACGUGUCUUGUUUCGGGAUUCACGAGUUGUACUGCUGUUCUGUAAAUAUAUCCGAAUAUUCACUAAAAACUUUGUUUAUAGCCAUAGACUUUAACAACAACCGACAUGGGCAAAAAGUUAAAAGUUGGGAAGACUAGGAAAGAUAAAUUCUACCACCUAGCGAAGGAGACCGGUUACCGGUCUCGUUCCUCCUUCAAGCUCAUCCAGCUCAACCGUAAAUAUCAGUUUUUGCAGAAAGCGCGGGCACUCUUGGAUUUGUGUGCUGCCCCUGGGGGUUGGUUGCAAGUGGCUUCAAAGUUCAUGCCAGUUUCUAGCCUGAUUAUUGGAGUUGACCUGGUGCCAAUCAAAGCCAUUCCCAACGUGGUCAGUCUCCAAGAAGACAUUACUACUGAGAAGUGUAGACAGGCCCUCCGGAAGGAGCUGCAGACAUGGAAGGUGGACGUCGUUCUGAAUGACGGUGCACCUAAUGUUGGGGCCAACUGGGAACAUGACGCCUUCUCUCAGGCUCAUCUCACCCUCAUGGCCCUCAAGCUGGCCUGUGAGUUCUUGGCCAAAGGAGGCAGCUUUAUUACCAAGGUGUUCCGCUCCAAGGAUUACCAGCCGCUGCUCUGGAUCUUCCAGCAGUUCUUCAAGAAGGUGCAGGCCACCAAGCCCCAGGCCUCACGUAAUGAGUCUGCGGAGAUUUUCGUGGUCUGCCAGGGUUACCUGGCUCCAAAUAAAAUUGACAACAAAUUCUUUGACCCGAAACAUGCCUUCAAGGAGGUGGACGUUCAAGCCAAGACUGUGAAGGAGCUGAUUCCCGUGAAGAAACCCAAGGCUGAGGGCUACGCCGACGGCGACCUGACACUGUACCACACCUUCUCAGUCACUGAGUUCCUUAAAGCUGAGAACCCAGUGGACUUCCUGAGCAAAGCCAGUGAGAUCACUUUUGACAACGCCGGGUUGACUUCUCACCGAGCCACAACCAAUGAGAUCAAAGAGUGCUGCCGUGACAUUAAGGUCCUGGGCCGCAAAGAGCUUCGACUUCUGCUGAACUGGAGGGGAAAGCUCAGGAAAUUCCUGGCUAAAAAACUGAAGGAUGAAGCUAAGGAACUUGAACAGGACAUGAGCUUCAGCUCCAGUGAUGAGGGGGAAAAUGCAGAGAAGGAGAGCAAGAAGGAACCUAAGAAGAGCACAGAAGAGGAUGAGGAGGAUGCGGAGAUGGAGAAGAAGCUGGCUGAGCUCAAAGAAGAGGAGGUGGCUGAGCUGCGGAGAAAGAAGAGGAAGUUGCUGAAGGAGCGGAGGAAGCAGAGGGAAAGGGUGGAGCUGAAGAUGGACCUGCCCGGUGUCUCCAUCGCCGACAACAACGACUCCUCCAUGUUCUCCCUUCACACCAUCAACAAAGCCAAGGCUCUGAGUGAGUUUUCCCGGGGAGACAUGAAGGCCGCAGACGCGGCUGUGGACGAGGAGGACCGGGAUGACGACGUGUACCUGUCCGACGGCGACAGCGACAAGAUGUCCCUGGCGUCGGACCUGGAUCCUGACGACCUGGAAGAUAUUGAGCAAAGACAAAAACAAAUGGAUGCAAAGAAGGGGAAGAAAAAAGUGUCUUUCAAUGUGGAGGAAGAGGAGGAGGAAGGGCAGGGCAAUGAACUGCUGGUGGAUCUGGAGGGGAAAGAGGAAAAGAGGGAUUCUGAGACCAGUCUGUGGUUUAGCAAGGAUAUCUUCUCUGAGCUGGACCUGGAUGCCGAUGCCGACAGAGAGAUCCGACAGGCGCAGAGGCUGCAGAGCAGGCCGUCCGGCGAUAAAAGCAGGAAGCGGAAGGCGGUGGAGGAAGAAGCUGCAGCAGAGCGGGAGGAGGCGGGGCCUUCGCGGGAGGCGGGGCCUUCGCGGGAGGCGGAGGGGAGCGAAGGGAGCAGCAGCGACUCGGACGACAGCAGCGAUGACGAGAGGGAGAUCGCCCACAUGAAGAAGGCUUCUGGGGGGCUGGCUGGAGCCGCCGGAGCUGAAGAUGAUGGGGACUUCCAGGUGGUACCGGUGGAGAGCACAAGUAAACGCGCUCGGAUCCUCGACCCCGAAGGCCUGGCGCUCGGCUCUCAAAUAGCCACGUCCAAGAAGAAGGAGAGGGACCUCAUCAAUGGCUCCUUUCACAGGUUCGCCAACUCGGAGGACAUGUGCGACAUCCCCGAGUGGUUAUUGGAGGACGAGAAGAAGCACCGACGUAGACCGGUGCCAGUCACCCCCGAGAUGGUGGAGGAGUACAAGCAGCGCUGGAAGGAGAUCAACGCCCGGCCCAUCAAGCGCGUGGCGGAGGCGAAGGCCCGCAAGAAGAGGAGGAUGCUGAAAAAGAUGGAGCAGGUGAAGAAGAAGGCGGAGGCAGUGGUGAACACCGUGGACAUUUCCGAGCGGGAAAAGAUGGCUCAGCUGAAAAGUAUUUACAAGAAGGCGGGCGUCGGGAAGGAGAAGCGGGAGGUGACCUACCUGGUGGCCAAGAAGGGGGCCGGCAGGAAGGUCCGGCGACCCGCCGGCGUCAAGGGAUUCUUCCGCGUCGUGGAUGGGAGGAUGAAGAAGGACAUGAGGGGCGAGAAGAGGAAGGAGAGGCGGGGAGGGGGCAAGGGGGGCAAAGGGAAAAAGGGGGGUAAGGGAACGAAGGCAGGGAAGGGACAUGCAAACAAGAAGUAACCCACCCCCCAAUGUCUGCAGUGUGCAGAGGACAAUAAGAGUGGAACUGGGAGAACUGGUGACGCUAUAGAGCCCCUCAGCGUGGCUUGCUGGGACAUGACACUGAGCAAGAGCACAAACUCUACUUGUCGUCUUGCCCCUGAAGGUACCCCUAAGAGAUGGGAGAUUGUUCCCUGUUUGCCUGACUGUCCGAGUCUCAGCCUCGUAACUGAUUACAGUCAGUGUUGUUAUGAGUUUGUAUGCUGGGUUUAUGAUGCAUAGAAAUGUCCUCCCCAUUCACUCGGCCUUUCGGCCUGGUCUUCAGCUGUAAAUUCUUUCUUAACAACUCGAACAAUAAACUUCUCUUUUACAUGAA